UUGCCACACUACCACGGCUAUAGCCAAACAAUUGCUAUUUGCCAUCUUCUUAUUAUCAAGCCUUGUUGUGCCUCUCCUCUUACCCAAGGAUACCUUAGCUUCCUGCGUACCUAAGUAUUUUGAACCAAACCUUUCGGACCAAAAUAUUUUCCUUAAGGGAUCUAAAUACAGAAAACCCACUAUUGUUCCACUGUUCGUCAGUGUUACGACUGGCAAAGAUCUGGCAAAUCUUAUAAACCGCUUAAUAAUUUCAGAACUUCCAACAUACCUACCUACCUACCUACCUACCUACCUACCUACCUACGGACCAGUCAAUAUGGCACCUACCGAUGGGAGCGAAUCUUCCACGACUAGCGACCGUAGGUUGCUACUCAUAUCCAACCGACUUCCUAUCACGAUAAAGAGGAAAGAGGAAGGGAGUUAUGAUUUCUCCAUGUCUUCCGGGGGUCUGGUUACUGGUCUGAGCGGUCUAAGCAAAACGACAAGUUUCCAGUGGUACGGUUGGCCAGGUUUGGAAAUCCCCGAAGCCGAAAUCCCAACCAUGAAGCAACAACUCAAGGAACAGUAUAACGCCCAUCCCAUAUUCGUUGACGACGAACUUGCAGACAGACAUUACAAUGGAUUUUCCAAUUCCAUUCUUUGGCCCUUAUUCCACUACCAUCCUGGCGAGAUCACGUUCGACGAACACGCAUGGGCUGCCUACAAGGAGGUCAACAGACUGUUUGCCAAGACAGUUAUAAAAGAUGUCCAAGACGGCGACCUGAUCUGGGUACAUGAUUAUCAUUUGAUGCUUUUGCCCGAAAUGCUGCGCAAUGAGCUACGCGACCGAAAGGACGUUAAGAUUGGCUUCUUCCUGCAUACGCCAUUCCCCAGCAGUGAAAUCUACCGUAUCCUGCCUGUUCGCGAAGCCUUACUCGAAGGUCUGCUACAGUGCGACUUGAUCGGCUUCCAUACCUACGAUUACGCCCGCCACUUCCUAAGUUCCUGCUCGCGCAUUCUUGAAGCACCCACCACCCCGAAUGGUGUGGAAUAUAGAGGAAAAUUUGUGACGGUCGGGGCAUUUCCAAUUGGCAUUGACCCAGACAAGUUUGUCGAGGGUCUGAAAAAGCCAAAGGUACAGGAGCGCAUUGCAAGCUUGUCCCGCAAGUUUGAGGGCGUCAAGUUGAUCGUGGGUGUUGAUCGGCUUGACUAUAUCAAGGGUGUUCCUCAGAAGUUACACGCACUCGAGGUGUUUCUUACUGAGCACCCAGAGUGGAUCGGCAAAAUUGUGCUUGUCCAGGUGGCCGUCCCUUCCAGACAAGAUGUUGAAGAAUAUCAGAACCUAAGAGCGGUCGUCAACGAACUGGUGGGGAGGAUUAAUGGCAAAUUCGGGACCGUGGAGUUUAUGCCAAUCCACUUUUUGCACCAAAGUGUUCAGUUCGACGAGCUUUGCGCUCUGUAUGCUGUCUCGGAUGUCUGUCUUGUUAGUUCCACUCGAGAUGGAAUGAACCUCGUCUCAUACGAAUACAUCGCAACUCAACAAAAUCGUCACGGCGUCAUGAUCCUCUCCGAAUUUACGGGAGCCGCACAAUCCCUGAAUGGAAGCUUGAUUGUGAACCCCUGGAACACGGAAGAGCUAGCGAACGCGAUCCAUGACGCUGUCACCAUGUCGCCUGAAAUGCGCGAGGCCAAUUUCCGCAAGUUGGAGCGAUACGUUUUCAAAUACACGUCGGCGUGGUGGGGGCAAAGCUUUGUUAAUGAAUUAACCAAGGUCGACAGCGCCCACAGCCAUGGUGUUGAUAGCAAAGUUGGACCAGACGCGAGGCCGAUGCUCAGUAACGAGGUUGGCCGUGCGUUGUCGGGCGUUUUCGAAAGUGUCAAGGAAGCUACCAGAUCUGCAGCCCCCUCUGGUGCUGGUCUAGGCUUGUCGAAAUAAGGAGUGAUGAAUUGACGAUGGGAAUAUUCUUGUUAGAAGGGGGCAUGAUUUGCAAAUAAUGAACAAAAGUGAAUGCAUACGAUUCAAACGAGUCUUAGGUUGGAGUUCGGGGUUGGUAGGUCGGUAUCGGUUAUGGAGCUUUCGGAUCCCGGUUCGUAGACCUGUGCAUAAAUUUUUCAUGAGCCUAUACAAUUCUCUUUUCUCGUUCAGGUGACGAUGACUACAAUUUCCAAUCCCUGUGGUUUUAUCAUCUGCGUGUGAAGGAUAGUUCACUUAGGAAGAGGUUAAUGAUGAAGUAUCAUGCUCUACCAGACCCCUA